AUGCAGAGGCCUAUGAAGAGGAAGGACAUCCAGAAGAAGCGUCAGAACAAAGACCUGUACGAGCUGCAGUCCCUGAUCGACGCGCACUUCGAGUGCAGGAAGAAGGAGGAGGAGGAGCUCAUCGCCCUCAAGGAGAGAAUCGAGAAGCGUCGCGCCGAGCGGGCCGAGCAGCAACGAAUCAGAGCCGAGAAGGACAAGGAGAGGCAGGCCCGCAGAGAGGUGGGCGGCCAUGUUUUAUCCUCCUGGGGGGGCACUCCUCAGAAGGAGGAGGCGGACGCCCAGAGGAAGUUCGACGAUGACGCCAAGAAGAAGAUCGCGCUGACCAGCAUGGGGUCCGGCUUCAGCAGCCACCUGCAGAGGAUCGACCAGAAGAGAGGCAAGAAGCAGACUGAAAAAGAGAAGAAGAAGAAGAUUCUGGCAGAGAGAUACAAACCCCUGAGCAUCGAGAGUCUGAGCGACGACAAGCUGAGGGAAAAGGCCAAAGAGCUGUGGGAGUGGCUGCACAACCUGGAGGCCAUCAAAUACGACCACUGCGAGAAGCUCAAGAGACAGAGAUACGAGGUCAGUCAGGAGGAGUGGAGAGAGAGAAAAAAUAUCCAGACCGUCAUCUCCCUCCGAAACCGCAUCGACGAGCUGCAGAAACACAGCAAGAAGGGAGCCGCCUCGCGCCGCAGGAAAUGA